GGUCACACACCAAACCCACAUAUAAAAUUAUAGUCCUGGGCUUAUUAUUAUUAUUAUUAUUAUUAUUUUUUUUUUUUUGCCCCACACAAACACCCACAUUGUUAAAAGAAUAAUUCUAUUUCAUAUAUAAUUAUAACGAUACAAAACUUUAUUUGAAAAUAGCUGAAAUUCACUGAACUAACAGCUGAAGAAAAGUCACAGAAAUUAAAGUCACUAAUCUGGUAAAUAGGCGAUAUUGUCUGUAGGGGGCGUUCCCUAAUUUACAUGUCAUGCAUAUUCAAUAUAUAUAUAUAUGCGGAUUAAACUGUAUUAAGCGACGUACAAAACAUACAUGAAUAAGAUUAACUGUUACACAAGUCUUGGUCGUAGGUCCUACAAGAUGGCGACGAGACUUUCCCUUCUCCCUAAAGGGGAAAUGGCGAGGGGAAGUCGCCUAUAACUUCAGCAUUUUACCCACGAAGAAAUUGAAUUGUUGACAAAUUGAUGUUUGUGCGCCAUCUGCUGGUGACUUUACAAACAUCAAGUUCAAAUUCAUUUUACGGUGUAAAGCUGUCGUGUUUGUUUGGAAGCGGUUUUGUUUUGGUCGUGAAUAUAAUCCGCAAAUAAUCCGAUUUAAAACUCUGCUCAGCCUUCCGUGUGGAUUGGUAUUUUUUCAUUAUGGCUGAACAUCUGUCUCGGAGUGAACUAGACUACCCUUUCAAACUGCUGGAGUAUUUCAAUGGCUUCAGAGUGUCCAAGGUGAUCUUUUCAGCAUGUGAGCAGGGUGUGUUUGACUUACUUCUGCAAGCCCAGAAGUCCCUGAGUGCAGCCGAGGUAGCACAAGAACUCGGCACCAGUGUUGACGGCAUGGAGCGGCUCCUCGACGUGCUUGUUGGUGUUGAGGUCUUGGAGGUGGAGCUAACGGACGGCACAGCCUAUUACAGCAAUACUGAUGUUGCUAAUCUGUAUUUGGGCAAAAAUAGCCCUAAAUCUUUAUAUAACAUGAUCAUCUACCAGUCGCAGACCAUCUACCCUCUCUGGAACAGCCUAGGAGAUGCGGUCAGGGAAGGAAGGAACCAAAAUGAAAAAACCUUUGGUCUUUCAUCAGAAGACAUCUUCUCAGCUAUAUACAGGUCAGAGGAUGAGAUGUUAAAGUUUAUGGGUUUGAUGGACUCAUCAUGGGUCAUUGAUGGUCCUGACAUAGCUACUGCCUUUGACCUGUCCAGAUUUAAGUCCAUAGUGGAUGUUGGAGGCUGUUCAGGUGCCUUGGCUCGUGAGAUGGCUAAAGUGUACCCUGCUUCCACACUGACGGUCCUGGACUUACCGAAAGUCACCCAAAUGGCCCAGAAACACUACUGUCAAAGUGAUGACACCAUCAGGUUUCAGGCAGGGGACUUUUUUAAUGAAGACCUUCCUGCUGCUGACCUGUACAUUCUAGCACGGAUCAUUCAUGACUGGAAGGAGGAGAAAAGUCUGAUGCUGCUGAAGAAGAUACACACAGCCUGUAAUUCAGGUGGAGGUGUUCUUGUGGUAGAGGCUAUGCUGUUUGAGAACCACAGAGGCCCCAUCAUGGCUCAGCUCUUCUCCAUGAACAUGCUGGUUCAGACGGAGGGGAAGGAGCAUCCGCCCUCUCACUACACACACAUGCUCACGACAGCUGGCUUCACCAACAUACAGGUGUGCAGGACAGGCAAAUCCUAUGAUGCCAUCCUCGCUCUUAAAUAACCACACACACACACAGUAUCAAUGCAGUAUAAUGUUUCUGUUUCUGGAGGCUUUCAAAUUCUUCUCCAAUCUGUUCAAAUUGCAAAUCAUGCACAAUCCUGUCAUUUUUUUUUAACCAUUUUAUUAAAUAUUAAAUAUGUAGUUAGUAGUUUUUUUGACAUAGAAACAGUGAGAACCUUUUAUUCUAUGUCACAUGAAGAAUUCAUGGUGUAUUUAGGUUUAUUUUAUCUAAUGAUAUCAAACUGACAGGGAUAGACUCAAGGACAGAUGACGUUUUCCAAAAAUGGGUAUUACGUAGACAAUCAUUGCAUUGUAUUAAACACAGAAAGGCCGUGAAUGAAUUUUGAGUGACUUCCAAACUGUUCAUGGUAAUCUCUCUCACACACACAGAAUACAGAUUAAGUGGAUAAAACUGAACACUGAAAUACACUUAUUAAUUUUUACCUUUCAAUCCUGAGGUCCUACAAGCAAAUACCAUCAGUGUUAUUGUAGUGACUGGAACACACACAUACCAUAAUUUUAAAAAUAUCUAUGUAAUAUUCUGUUCUGUUAAAUUAUGGACUCCAAAAGACCUUUGAAGGCGAGCUGUGGAAUUUUGUGUCCCUUUCCUUAAAUUGGUGAGACUUGGCUGCCCAUGAAACUGUCGCUAGUUUACCGGUUCACCCCUGCAUAUUGGGAACAACCCCACCAGUCCUGCAGUUUUGUAGAUGCUCUGAACCAGUCGUCUAGAUGUCACAACUUGUCAAAGUCUUUCAGGUGUUUAUUUUUCCUGCCUUCAACACAUCCACUAACAACUAACUGAUUUCUUGCUGCCUAAUAUAUCCCACCCCUUUUCAGGUGCCACUGUAAUCAAUAAAGAUGUGGAUCAUAGAGAUUUUGAUGUUAUGGCUGGUCAGUGUUUCUGUACAUAUUUUCCAUACAGGCAGUUUAUUAUUUUUUUUUUAAAUCAACCUCAGUAUGUACUGAUUACCUCACAUAAUUGCUCUUUGGAUCCUGACUGUGAAAAAGCUUGAUGUUUAUAAUAUUUCAUGUUAUUUCUUUCUAUUAAAUGUGCUGAUUGGUGAGGGUGUAACCCAUACGUUGGAUUCACAUUAAAGAAAAGGAGGAAAAUAUCUACUAUGUCUGAGAUCACCAAACACUUAAAAUAGCAAUUUUAACAAGUGAGAUUUAUUGGAUCUAUCAAUUCAAUUAAAGUGGGUUACAAGCGCAUUUUAAGCAAUAAUUAUUCCUUUAAUAUAUUUCUGUUGUGUGUGAAGUAAAAAAAAAAAUUAGCAUGAGUGCACUGUGCAGAAAUACAGUACUUGUGAAUUACUAAUAUACGUCUUUAAAUGUCAAACAGUAUUUGUGUGAUAUUGUUUGUACCACACAUUUGAUCAAUUCCUAAUAAAAUAACACCAUGAGAAGAAAAUAA